AAUAUAAUUCUCAGGUUAGAUUAUUAAAAUACUGAUAAUUUAAAAAAAAAAAUACAGCCUUCAAAAAACCCAAAUAGUACUAAAAAUAGGAUACAUGUAUGUGAAAAUGGAAGAUUAAAUUAACACAGAGCAGGUUUAUUUACAUUUAUAAAUAGAAACUCUCGACCCUUCUUUGCUUCCAUCUUCUGCAUCUCAUCUAGUCAGAGAUUUGCAGCUAAAAUGAAAAACAAAGAGAAGUAAAUAAAAAAACCCUUCUCUUUCUUUUUCUGCCUUUAAUUAUCAUACUUGCCUUUUUCUUUAAUUUUCCUUUCAAGGUUAGUUAGCCAUAAACUGAAAACAUAAUCCUUUUAAUCACUUGUUCUUGCUUCACUUACUUUGGGUUUAUUUUUUCAUUGGCUAUUUUAGCUCUCCUUUGGUCAUCAGAUUCUAUAUGUCUGCUUUUCAAAGAAGAUAGUAAAAAUGGUACUAUUGCUUUCAUCAUGGUUUAUUUUUUUCAGUUAGGAAGCAUGGUGUACCCCAACGAAUCCCUUGAAGACUCUCCCCAGAAGAAAAUGGGGAGAGGAAAGAUCGAGAUCAAGCGGAUCGAAAACACGACGAACCGCCAAGUUACCUUUUGUAAGAGGCGCAAUGGUUUGCUCAAAAAGGCUUAUGAGCUAUCGGUUCUUUGUGAUGCUGAGGUUGCUUUGAUUGUCUUCUCCAACCGUGGUCGACUCUAUGAGUAUGCCAACAAUAGUGUUAAAGCAACAAUUGAGAGGUACAAAAAGGCUUCUGAUUCCUCUAAUACUGGGUCAGUUGCUGAAGUUAAUGCUCAGUUCUAUCAACAAGAAGCUGACAAACUCCGAAAUCAAAUCCGGAAUUUGCAGAAUACAAACAGGCACAUGCUGGGGGAGUCCGUAGGGGGAUUGCCUAUGAAAGAGCUUAAGAGCUUGGAGACUCGUUUAGAAAAAGGAAUUAGCAGAAUCCGUUCCAAAAAGAAUGAGCUGUUGUUUGCUGAAAUAGAGUAUAUGCAGAAAAAGGAAAUUGACUUGCAUAACAAUAACCAACUUCUUCGAGCCAAGAUAGCUGAAAACGAGAGGAAGCAGGAGAGCAUGAAUUUGAUGCCCGGAGGUUCAAGUAAUAACUUCGAGGCCAUACAUUCUCAGCCAUAUGACUCUCGGAACUACUUCCAAGUUGAUGCCUUACAACCCGCCGCCAAUUAUUACAACCCUCAGCAGCAGCAAGACCAGAUAGUUCUUCAACUAGUCUAAUGUUGUGAGGGUGUGCAUGGUUCAUUGCUGCUGUUUCAGUUUUAGAGAAGAACAUCUUAGUAUUAUGUCAGAUGAAAGCUACUAUAUAAGGCAGGAAUAUUUAUAUUAACUUUCCUUAAAUGGAGGACCCUAGAACUCAUCUUCUGCCAUGUUUAAGAUGUGUAGAGUGUGUAAGACUGAUAAGUUUGAUUUUCAGACAAGAAUGCCCCCUUCCAUAUGCUUAGAACAUGAAUUAAGAUUCUACAAAUUAAGAUCAUAUGUAUAUCUAGGAACUAACUAAAAGCUUGUUAAGGUUGAUGUAAAAGGAAAAACUGGACUCAGAAAAUUAAAA